AUGACGAAGAAGGCCAAGGCGACUGUCGAAGGCACCGCCAAGCACACGAAGCAGGCGCCAGCUGCUGUCGAACCGACGAAAGAGCCACCUUCGGCGGAAAAGAAGGCCACUAAGCGCAGUAAGGAUGAGAUAGACGACAUAUUCAGCAGCAAGCCACCAAAAAAGGUAGCGAAGGCCGCGGCAGGCGGUGAUGACGAGGGCGGCGGCGCUGCGGACGUUGCUGCGCUGUCGGCGCUGGCAGCACAGGUCAAGUCGGCCAGAGAGAAGCAGCAGGGCCAAAAGGCCAAGGUGGAGGGCAGCAAGGACGACAUUUUCGGGCAGGCGGCCGGCAAGGCGCGCAAGAAGACGGAGGAGGGAUUUACCAUAUACACAGAGGACGAGCUGGGCCUGGGCAGCAAGGGCGGCAACACGGACAAGUGCCCCUUUGACUGCGAGUGCUGCUUCUGA